GAAAUAAAAUUUGUUUGAAUUUUUUCAGGUUGAAUACUUAUAGUAAUCAUGACAGAAAUACCAGCACAAGCAUUUCCAGUGGAGGUGAUUCGCUACCAAGUAGAGCCACCUCCAUCCUCCUUGAACUCAAAGGGAGCACUUAUAACUGGCUUUAUGCAGAUUGCCCUAGCGGUCGUGUCGUUUAUUUUUGGCGUGACCUGUGUUGCACUUGGCUUUUGUACGGGGUAUGCCAGUGUACCCAUAUGGGGUUCACUUUUGUUCUACGUUGUUGCUGGUAUACUUGGAGUGGUUGCAGGAGCCUCAAAGGGAGAAAAUAAAUGCGCAAUUGUGGGUUGCCUGGUGAUGUCUAUACUUUCGGCUAUUAUUGCAUUCAUGCACGUGGUUUGUGGAAGUUUCUAUACAAGUAUUGUAUACUGGGUGGAACUUAAGCCGAUGAAAGCGUUGAGUAUUCUUAAUGUAUUAAUUGGAGUUUUGGAAUUCAUAGUCGCUAUAGUUGCUUCCGCAAUCAUGUGUCGUGGUUCAUGUUGUCGCCAGGAGCCAGAACCCGUCUACAUCACCGAGCAGCCGGGAAGCAGAGAAAUGGGCCAAAUCCAGUGAUCGAUCAAAUCCUGCCUCACUGAGAUCUAAAUGAACGAGGAACUUCAUCAAAUCUGAUCCAUCAUGUGUGAGCAUAAUGCUUCUUGGAUAUGAGUGUUAAUUACCACUUAAAUUAUUAAUUUCAAUUUCAAUUUUAAUAUCAGAAAUAAAGUUAAUUAAUUAUAAUGUCAUUACUAACAAUGUUUUAGUACUAUACCGUAUCAAUCCUAGCCUAUAGACUAGUUACCAAGGAAUUCAGGGGCGUUUAUUCAAAGUAAAGGCAGGCACUCUCUACGUCGUACAACGAUUGUACGACCGUCGUACGACGAAUCUGAUUUCGCCGUCGGCGCCGUAUGCUGAUUGGCGGUGGCAUUUUGAACGGAUCAACAUAAAUUGAAUAGAUGUGCCUCUGCGCAUCAUUAUGCUUGUCCAUGACCCAGUAAUAAACGACAAUAUAAUAUCGUUGAUUAUAAAAUUCGUAAUAAUAAAUCCAUUAAUUUUUUGUGCUAAUAACAACAAGCUAAUACGAUAGGCCUAAUGUAAUUAUAAACAGAGUGGGAGGGGGAGGUGGUUGAAGAAACCAUUUGGCAUUUUGGAGGUUGUAUUUUAUUAGUAAGACUUUAUAUGGAAGAUGGCAAAUUGCCCUAUAAUAAUAACCAGGGGAACACUUACACAGUUCCAUUGGGAUUUUGUUUUCUUCUUAUUGUUUUUAGAUUUUAUAAAGGGGAUUUAAUCUGUUACAGUUUAGGCAUCAUUUCUCUAAUUUUUUAACUUAUACACAAACUAUUGUGCAUGUUUUUAAUUACAGCCAGUAAUAAGUGGCAUACGACUUAAUUGAGUUUAUAACUAGUAUAUUGUAGUUUGGCUUUUUUACAAAAGAAUAAUUGUUAUUCACGAAUCAUUGUUAUUGUACAGUAUUUCCUUUUUUUUUUUUUUACAGUGUUUAUGUGUUGGUGAUUUCAAACAUGUCAAUGUAACAAUAAUAUUUAUAAAUACAAUAAUAAUGAUGACAAUUUUAGUAAUGAUAAACAUGGGGGAAACAUUAUAGCAUUUUAUGAUGUUGUUUAUCAGUUUGUAAAAACGAAAACCUCUGAUUAAAAAUAACGUUGAAACAAACCGUUGCUAAACAAAGUGUAAUUUAUUCAGGGCCUCUUUCGUUUUUUUUGUUUUUUUUUUGUUUUUUUUUUUGGUUUUUU